AUGAUUUUACCCAUUGUAGUAGUCGUGGCUCUAGGAGCAACUCUUGGAACCGCAAACCAACAACUGACCGUCGGUCCUCUGGUUCCACCAAGUCAGCCAACGUCAACCCUGACAGUCACCGAAACGAUCACCAUCCCUAAACGUGGUUGUGCGAGAUACACGACCCCCUCCGACUCCGUCACGGCCUUGGGCGUACGCGACGAGCAAGACAGUGUAUUGGCUCCACCGCAGCGCACGGUGGAUAACGCCGACCAUGGCCUCGAUUCCGACUUGUCCAAUGACAAUAUUGAACUCUUGGUAGAUGGGAAAGCAGGAGUUGAAACGGACACGCGGGACAAGUCUUCAUUGGAGGACCUAACUACUGCGACCAACCCAUCAUCGGCCCGCACCAUCGGCCUCGACCAUACAAUAAAACAAGACAGCGACCAUGCGGCAAACCAAGACAGCGACCAUGGAAGCAACAGAGCGUACUACAGCGAUUGGUCGCCGUCACCCAUCUUCUUUCUGGCACUCAGUUACUGGCUGUGGAGCAAAGCAUACAGACUUGGCGUCGAGGCGGAACGACGGAAAUGGACCGAAAUACAGGAACAGGACCUUGUUCAAAACCGCCGGGCUGUGGAUUCUUUCGCAAGUCGCGGUGCUGAUGGGUAUGGCGCUGGCGCCGACAUGAUGGUGGCCCGAAUCGCGAGGUCGUUUCUUGCGCUAGAGAUUGGCUACAACCUACUUUCCAGGCGAGAGACCUCCCUGAUCGACGCCUAUUGGCAGAUUUUCUCGAAGAUCGAAGUAGUCCGAAUUAUCGAGUGGGAUAUCAUAUUCACCAAUGGUGAAUAUGAUAUCACCAGAGGUUUUCGGAAAUGGGCCUUCUUCAGCGGCAGCAAUCUCAUCUCGUACCUGUGGUGGAACCCACCUUCUUCCCUGGAUUUUUGGCUCAGCUUGAUCAGAGCGCGCGGGCCUUUCGAUUUUACGGAUGCUCGUCCUGCUUUUGUCCAUGACCCAUCGGCUGCCUUGCGUCCCGAGACUCUGACGACAAUCUCUACUCGGAUAAAUCAACGCUUUCGUCCUCACCAUGUCAACCACUUCGAUAUCCACUUCAUGGGGGUCAUGCUGGACGAGGAACGCUACCAGCAGCUCGUGAAGGAAGGGCCGGUAUGGGAAGAGACCGUUGAUGUUGUCAGGACGCCAGAAGGCAGGGUGAUGCCCAUCGAGGGUGAUGAUGCUCACCUCAACAACUGCAGGUCCUGCCAGGUGUUAAAUCAAGUAAGGGCGCUCAAUCUGCUGGGUUGGGAACACGAAGUCAAGUAA